AGCGAAGUAGAUCAAGCGGCGUUUAUCCCCGAUAUUCGAAGAGCGUGAUUAAUGUGAUCGAAACGGGCCGGCAUUUUUGAAUGAGAAUAAAUCAUAAUUAACGAUCGCUUCGAUUAAAAUUUUAGUUAAAUUUUAAGAUCGAAAUAUGAUUCUACGAAUGUUAAAGUGAACGAUUAAGCGAAUAAUAUAAUAGUGAAACUCGUUUGCAGCCGCACCCUGAUAGAGUCCGAGAGAGAAGAGAGGGAGAGAGAGGAGCGGCCGCUUGUAAAGUAUACAGUGAAGCUGGUGGGUGGUUGAUUAAAUAAAGAUAAAAAAUGGAGACAAAAGUUAAUGGUGUUGCUGAUGAAGAUGUGAAGGCAAUUGACAAAUUUGAUCCAGAAGAUCCAGAAUGUCAGAGACAGAUGUGGCGACCUGCUGAUAUUGAACAAGAUAUGAAGGAAAUGAUAAGACGUAAAAGAGUAGAAAUGAUUAUGAAUAGUCAGGUGUUUCGUGAAGAACUUGAACGAAUAAUAGAUUGUCAAUUAAGUGAAGGUUAUGUUCCAGCAAAUUUAAGUGCACUUCAACAAGUAACGGAAUUAUUGCUUCCUCAUAAUGCUCGUAGCGGUACUUCAUUUCGUUCUGGUAGAUGUGUGAUUCCCAUCAAUGAUAUUCGAGGAGUAGAUGGACUUAAAUAUGCAAAAGGAGAAAAGUUAUUGAGAUGCAAAUUAGCUGGAGUAUAUAGGCUUAUUGACCUAUAUGGUUGGUCAGAAAGCAUGUUUAACCAUAUAACGGUCAGAUUAAGUCAAGAUCAAGAGCAUUUUCUAUUAAACCCAUUUGGUUUACAAUAUCAUGAAAUUACUGCAUCCUCUCUGUUAAAAGUUGAUAUGCAGGGUAAUGUUAUUGACCCAGGAACUACCAAUUUCUCUUUCAACCGGUCAGGCUUUGUUCUUCAUUCUGCUAUUCAUGCUGCACGGCCAGAUAUUAAAUGUGUUAUUCAUAUACAUUAUCCUACUUGUGUUGCGGUUUCUGCUACAAAAUGUGGUUUGUUACCAAUAAGCCAAGAAGCAGCAGUUUUGGGUGAAGUCAGCUAUCAUGACUUUCAUGGAAUUCCCAUUGAUCAGCAAGAGAGGGAACAAAUAGCUCGAAGUCUAGGUCCUAUCAAUAAGGUUCUAAUUCUGAGAAAUCGUGGUGUAGUUACUUGUGGUGAAUCAAUUGAAGAAGCUGUAUUUCUUCUUCAUAAUAUAGUAGCUGCAUGUGAAACACAGGUGAGACUGAUGCCAAUUGGUUUAGACAAUAUACAACUUAUGACUGAUGAUACUAAAGAAAAGAUCCGUGAUUUAGUCAUAAAUGGUGCACAACGUCAACUUAGUAAAGCUGAAGAAAUGCCUGGAGGAGAUGAAGAUAAGGAAAGAGCAGAACCUAAAGAAAAACCUAAAAAAUGGAAAGUUUGGGAUUUAGAAUUUGAAGCAUUGAUGAGAAUGCUAGACAAUGCUGGUUUCAGAACAGGUUAUGUAUAUAGACAGCCUCUAGUAAAGUCUGAAGCCCCCAGACAAAAAACAGAUGUAGAAGUACCACCAGCUGCAACUUCAGUCUCACAGUAUUUUGAUGAGGACAAAUGGUUGAGUCCUCUAAGAAAACUCAUGGAAGGAAGAAAAACACAAGAUAAAAUGAGAUGGGUCAUAUCACCCAAUGUUUAUCAAAAAGUUGAAGUUCUUGAAACUGGAACUACCGAACCGAAAAAAAUCACCAAGUGGGUUGACAUUGCUGAGAAUGAUGACAAUGGUUCUUGGGUCCAGGAAGGAUCCCCAUCACACAGCACAUCUAUCAAAAUUCAGUCUCCCCAUCAGUUUGUCCCUAAAAGCGGUGAUCCCAACGAAUUCAAACGCAAACAAAAAGAGUUAAAGGCAAAUAGAAUGAGUGCCAAAGUAACUGCAGGACCACAGUCUCAAAUUUUGGAAGGUGUUACUUGGGAAGAAGUAAGAAAAAUGCAAGAUGCUAUGAUGAGUGGUACAGGAGAUCAAGUGGUAUUAGUUGGAGCAGCAUCUAAAGGAAUUAUUCAAAGAGAUUUUCAACAUAAUGCCCUUGUUUAUAAGAGUGCUUAUGCAAAGAAUCCAUUUGAUAGUGUUUCAGACAAAGAGCUUGAAGAAUACAAAAAAUUAGUAGAAAAAAGGCAGCGUGGAGAAUUAGUGGAAGAAGAAAUUCCUGAUGAAAUUAAGCCAUUAUUGGUUGAACCUGUUCGAAUAGAAACAGAACAACAGCAACAUCCAGAAUUAGUAACAACACCUGUAGAAACAAAAUCACCACCUAAAUCACCUGUAACACCCGCUUCUGAAGAAGAUGCAAAACCUGCAGUUACAGUACAAAGGUCUUUAUCAGCACGGUUACCAAAAGAAGAUCAUUCUGAAAAACAUAAAACUGAAGAACAAUCACGUGAAAAUUACUUCAAGCGCCGAUUUUUAUCUGAACGAAAGAAAAAAAAUACUUCUUCAACAGUUAUGAAUGGAGAUGAAAAAAUAAAAAGAACUGAAAGUGGUGAUGUUUCAGCUGCUUCACGAAGUAGCAAAGAAGGUUCGCCAGGAAAGGAUAUCAGUGAAGAAUCCCCAAAGAAAGAUAAAAAGAAGAAGAAAGGUUUAAAAACACCAUCUUUCUUGAAAAAGAAGAAACAUAAAAAAGAUAAGGAAAAAGAAAAGGGAUCAACUGAAACUUAACAAUAAUUAAAUAUGAUUUCAGCCUGGAACCUUUGUAUUGUUGACAGUGUACACUGCCAACCAUCAAGUGACAUUGUUGUCUGCAAUGAGGUUCAAGUUAAUAACAUAGAAGGGAACCAGGCUCUGAAGAUAAUCCUGUUGUCAAGUGCUCUUGCUUUAUGCUCUACAGGGUCUGGUAUUAUUACUUUCAACUGCAUUGGCAACCAGUUACUGUUGAAAUUUUUUGUGUGUGUUAAUUUAGUUAUACUGAAAAUAUGAGAACUGAAGAUCAGCAGAUUAUAAAACAGUCACAUAAAAUACUGUAGUUUAUAUUGUUUUAAGAAACUAAACUAAAUUUAAAAAAUUUUUUCUGUUCUAUAUGUUAUUUGUUAAAUGUUACAAGUCCAAAGUUUUAAAAAUACUACAAUUACUGAAAUUUGUACAGUAUACGUAUUUAUUUAAGUGGAAAAAGUUAAUUCUUCCAUCAUCAAAAUAUUCAUUUUUAAAUAAUUUUAUCAGUUAAAAGACAUUAUUUUAAAUCCCGAUAAUUUUUAACAAAUUCCACUAAUUUUUGUAGCACUUAUAUUGUUUUAUACCUGUGUGACAUAUAAAGUUUCUUUAUGUGAAAUUUUAUUUUAUGAAUUAUAAUAUGUAUAUUGUAUUAAUAUGCACAGAUAUUUUUUGAUGUACAAACCAGAUAUUAUUAAAAAAAACUGACAUAAACAAUAUAGGAAAUUGAAAAUUUUCCAGCAUUAAAUGUGAAAAUAUAUUUCCUUCUACAUGUUCUAUUUGUACUUAUUUAAGGCAUUGUUUUUGUAUUAAAUUACUUUUAUUAAUUGGAUUUUAUUUAUACAAGAACAAAUUGCACAGUUAUGAAUAGUAUAACAUCCAUAUUUGCUACUGGAGAUAUAUGCUCAAGUUCUAUGACUAAAAAGCUUUGUGAUAUAAAAAAAAAUACAAUGAAAAUUGUAAUGUUGAAAGUUUUAUAUGAAAUAUGCAGUUAUUUUUACUCUCUUCAUUAUAAUCCCCCAUACUUAACAUGAUUUUUAAUAAAACAAAUAGCAGCACUCUUCCAUAUAUAUGGAAGAAAUUUAUAAUUUAAUUUUAUAGUGACUGCUUUGCCUAAUCCUAACCCAUUAAACCUUCCCAGCUUGUGCUAGGUUACCACUUAGCAAUUUGCAUGUCUGGGAUCAAACUUAUGCAAGAUAUUAAUUAAUAGCUAGUAUAAAAUCUAAUAAUCCUGUUUACGUUUUAUUAAGAUAAUAAAACUACAAGACUAUUAAAUUUUGUACACUUUAAACAACUAAUUCUCAUUUUGCUAUUAAUUCUUUAUACUAAAACUAAAUAAAAAUUUUAAAUAAUUUUUUUUUUUUGAAAGUUUUUAUUCUGGUUGUAACAAAUUAAUAAUACUAUACAUGUAUUAGAUAAAUAUGGUAUAUAAUGUUAUAUUUCAAGUCUGUUAUCAAAUCCCUACUUCUUCAUUAAUAAUACCCCACUUAUCAAAUAGUACAUUUAUAUAUAUAUAAAUAUAUAUAUGUGUGUGUAUUUAUUUAUAUAUAUAUAGAUGUUUCAUUUGAUAUUAUACACUGCCAGCUUUAUAGAAUAAUAAUAGAAAAUUUUUCAUAAGGUUUUUUAAUGAUCUUACCAUUUUUGUAAGUUUAGAACUUCAUUCAUCUUAAAACAGUUUCUUAGGUGCAUUUAUUCAUCCAUAUUGCUAGUCAUUUUCUAUUAGCUCCCAUUAAAUACUUGAAUUUACCACUUAAAACAUAUUAUAAGUGACAAUAACCAUAAAUGGGACAACAAUGAAUAUCCUCUGGCAAAAUAAAUGCUCUUUUAUUUUAUAAGAGGAUAUUUUAAACUUACUCUUUUAUUUUGUAUUGAAUAUUGUAUUAUAUUUGUGAUAUAUCAAAAAUUUUUACUGUCUUUUAUCUAACAUAUUUUAUUUUAAAAUUUAUUAACUGAAAAUUAAAAAAAAAACAAAAAAUAUUAAAAAAAAAGAUGAGAGUCUAUAAUUCUCCAGAAUUAAAUCUGCUAAUGUUUAACAAUUUAAAUUAUGCAUAUUAUUAUUUAGAGAGUUCUUAGAAACAAUGUUAUAACAUAGUCUACUAUUUUGCUUUUAACUUUAUGCAAUUGAAUUUUGGUUCUGGUCUUUGCUUUUCUAAAUUUCUGUCUUAUUUCUUAAAGGGGCAUGUGCCAAACUUUUGGAGACUUUUGGAACAUUUUUUUCCACAUAUCCAAAAUUUUGGAGUGAGCAAUUCACUGCCACAGAGAACAGCACAUUAAAUAUUUCAGCAGUGUUUCCUAUCAUUUGCAAAUAGAAUUGUUUUAUUAUAACUUUCCAUUUUUUUUUUUUUCAAUUGCAUUUGAAAUGGCAUUACAAAAACAAAUAUUGUUUUUUAAAAAAGACCUUGGCAUUGGAUUAUUAUCAAUAUUUGUCAGAGCCUGAACAAAUAGUUGUCAAAGUUAAUAGAAUUUUCUUUUUUUUUUAAUUUUGUUCUGUUAGAAACAAGUUGAUUAUUGUCAUCAUUAAUGAAAUGUUUACCUUGUUAAAAACUGUGAUUUAUGUGAUUGAAAUUUUUGUCCAAUGUUAUCACACAUUUUAUGUUCUAUAGAUGUUUUUUGUAGCCUCACCUGCUUGUCCAGCUGAAAGUGUUGUGUGAAUAAAUUUAAAAAUUUCAACCCA